ACUGUCGCAAUUACUUCCCUCCACACCAGCAACAGCCAUAUCGAAACCUGAUCCAGAUCAACCUCCACAUUUCGCCAUGCACGCAAACUCCAUCAUCGCUCUCGCCCUCGGCGCCACCGCCGUUUCCGCAGCUGCUGUCCCAGGCCUGGAAGUUAGACAAGCCGGCGAUCUGUACCGCCAGUUCCCCGAAAGCCUCGACUGCCCGGUGAAGAACGGCGUCCACGUAUUGAAGAAGGACCUCGUAGAGGCAGUCAAGAACGGCAAGAGGGACGGACCGCCAUAUGAGGCAAGUGCGGCAAACCUCGCGACUAGGCAUUGUGGAAACUCGAACUUCAAGGGAAUCCCUCUCUGGACCACCGAGAUUCCAGAUGGUACAGAAUCCGCUGGUGCUCUUUUCUACGCUGCGGCAUCCAACGGCACUUUCUAUUUCUGCGGCACAACCUCGGGCCGAGUACCGUCGGGCUGGCCUUCUUCAUGCACGGAGAACUACUAGGCUGGCUUCGGCUGCGUCUAGUUUACAUUCUGUAUAUAAACUUUUGGUUGCAUGGGGCGUUGGUGGUACGCACAAGGUGCGAGAUGUUGGUGUCCAACAUCUCUCCUUGUCGCUCCCCUUCAACCUUGUCAUGGCAGCUAGAAUUAGUCACCUUCUAUCAAAGUAAAUAUUUCCCC